UAUCCGCAUUUUACCCGUUCCAUACUCCCCGGUCCGGGUCCUCGACGAUAGCGCGAGUCGGGCGGAGAUGGCAGCGGUGGGCGGAGGUGCCGGCGGCUCUUCGCCGUCGGGAACGAGGUCAAGAAAGCUUAAAGUGGCCGUCAUCCAUCCGGAUCUAGGAAUCGGUGGCGCUGAGAGAUUGAUUGUUGAUGCGGCUUGUCAGCUUGCUGCCCAUGGACAUGAUGUUCAUGUUUUCACAUCACACCAUGAUAAGAACCGUUGCUUUGAGGAGACCGUUUCUGCCUCUGGUUGUUUUCCAGGCCCUUUUCCAGUUACUGUAUAUGGAGAUUUCUUGCCCCGCCAUGUAUUUUACCGCUUUCAUGCUGUCUGUGCUUAUCUUCGCUGCAUUUUUGUUGCGCUCUGUGUGCUACUCUGGUGGCCCUCAUUUGAUGUCAUAUUGGUUGACCAAGUUUCUGUUGUGAUUCCACUGCUCAAACUAAAGGCAUCAUCCAAGAUAGUUUUUUAUUGUCAUUUCCCUGAUCUUUUGCUUGCACAACAUACUACCAUGCUUCGGAGGUUAUACCGCAAGCCAAUUGACAUGAUUGAGGAGGCCACUACUGGUAUGGCAAAUUUAAUUUUGGUCAACAGCAAGUUCACUGCAGCAACCUUUGCGAGGACCUUUUGUUGCUUACAUGCUAGAGGAAUUGAGCCUGGUGUUCUAUAUCCAGCUGUAUCUGUCGAGCAGUUUCAUGAACCUCAUGCUUAUAAGUUGAAUUUCCUAUCAAUCAACCGUUUUGAGAGGAAAAAGAAUCUUGAUCUAGCCAUUUCAGCAUUUGCUUUGCUUCGUUCUGUUGCUUCUACACUACCUGGUGAUGCUCUACAAGAUGCAACUUUAACAGUAGCAGGUGGCUAUGAUAAGCGUCUCAAGGAAAAUGUUGAUUACCUUGAGGAGCUCAAAAGAUUGGCAGUUGCUGAAGGGGUGUCUGGACAGGUUAAAUUUGUAACGUCGUGCUCAACAUCUGAAAGAAAUGAGCUUCUCUCCAACUGCCUUUGUGUUUUGUACACUCCAAAGGAUGAGCAUUUUGGCAUUGUCCCUCUUGAAGCCAUGGCAGCCCAUAAGCCUGUAAUUGCAUGCAACAGUGGUGGCCCAGUGGAAACAGUUGUGAAUGAAGUUACAGGGUUUCUGUGUGAUCCAUCCCCCACAGAAUUCUCAAAAGCCAUGCUGAAACUUGUGAAUGACCAUGAUCUUGCGGUCAGGAUGGGUAAACAAGCACGGGACCAUGUGGUGCAAAAAUUCUCCACGAAGACAUUUGGUGACCUCCUCAACAGCUAUGUCCUGAAUGUCUACCAUGAGAGGAUGGAGUGAUCUAGAAUAUGGGAACAGUUUGAACAAUACAACACAUUUUUUUUUCAUUUUUACAACUGAUCUGACUUUGAUGUACUCAACUCACAUGAUGCUAAUGCCGUUUGGCAGAGUGAUUUGCUGAUCUGUUUAUUGUGUGUUAA